CACGCACGCGUCACCAUGGUUCGUAUCUCCACCGAGGACCGGUUCGGACCGUCGUCGUUGUUGUCUCCCCAAACACUGCGGUUCGUGCGUAGUACAAUAAUCUUCGCGUUCAUUGUGCCGGUCGCCUCCGCUCGGCACUCUUCUUCUUUCCCGCGUGUACGUCUGUCUCUUCGGUCGUCGUUUCAUCGUUGUCAGAAAUACAGCACAAUAUUAUUAAUUAAAUUCCACGGGCACUGCGUGCGAUAAUAACAUGUCGACAAUAGCUGUCGUUUUGUUCGCGCUCCUGUACCUACGACCGCCCCCUACUCAGGCUGAAAAUACUUGUGUAUGGUACGGUGAAUGUGAAAAAAUUAAUUCGUUGGUAUUAAAUUGUCCUUAUAAUGGAACCGCAAAACCUCUGACUGAUCCAGGCGCUUUAAAGGUACUUCAAACGUGGUGUCCUGAUUUUAUACAGGAUUAUUCAGAAGAUGGAAAAACUCUCAAUACAUGUUGUGGAGCCGAUCAACUUAAGACAUUUGACAUUAGUAUUAUACAGGCUGCGAACUUUUUACAUAGAUGUCCAUCAUGUAUGAGGACUUUCGGGAGAUUUCUUUGUGAGUUGGUAUGUUCGCCGGUACAGAGCCGUUACAUGAACGUCACCAAACUGACAAAAACAGGCUUUUCAAUCCAAGAGUUGGAGUUUCACAUAGCCGAUUCAUACAUGCAAGGCGUUUAUAACACGUGUAAAUCCGUGUCGAACCCAGCUACUGGCGAAUUGGCGAUGGACGUUUUAUGUGCCAAAGCAAUAGACUGUUCUGCACGAGAAUGGUUUCGGUUCUUGGGAAACAAUCCAUAUUUGGGGUUUGUCAUUAAUUAUAUUUCUAAUGUAAUAGACGAUCGUUUUCAUUUAUUUAAAGCUCCAGUAAUACCAUGUAAUAAACCGGUAGAUAAUAAAACUUUAGCUUGUAGCUGUAUGGACUGCGAAGAUAGUUGUCCUUUACCGGAUAAAAUACCAGAAGUGACAAAACCACUUCAAAUAGCUGAUAUAGAUAUAUUAAUUAUUUCGUCAGCGGCUUUGUUUUGUUUAAUUAUUUUAACAUUUGCAACCUACGUAAUAUAUUUCAAAAACAUGCUGAUAAAUAAACAAAACAUUGAAAAAUACAAGUAUAUAAUUACGGAAAAUAUAAAAACAGAGAAUAGAAAUAUUUUAGAAACAGUAUUUUAUCAUAUUGGAAAAUAUUUCGCCAGUAGAACACAAAUUUCAUUUUUGAUAGCAGCCUGUAUGAUUACUUCACUAUGUCACGGUAUUCACUUCAUCAAAAUUACAAUCGAUCCAGUAGAUUUAUGGUCAUCUCCAAACAGUCAAUGUCGACAAGAACGUGAAUUUUUUAACUCGAAUUUUAAGCCUUUUUUCCGAACCACGCAAGUCAUCAUCGCUCCAAACGGCGUUCCGGAUGUGAACUAUAAAACUUCUCAAGGUUUAUUUAAAUUUGGACCCGUGUUCAAUCGUACAUUUUUGCUAGAAGUUCAUAAGCUACAACAGCAAAUCGAAGCUCUAGGCAGACCACACAAUGGACUAGAAAAGGUGUGUUUUGCCCCACUUGUAUCAAAAUUCAGUGGCCCACCAAAAGUUUCAGAUUGUGCAGUUCAAAGUGUUUGGGGUUACUUUGGAAAUAAACCCUAUAAGUUAAACCGUACAUCACUAAAUCCUGACCGUUCUAUAAGCAAUUACCUAGACAGUUUAAAAAUUUGUUUUCGCAAUCCGUAUAAUCCAAUGUGUUUGGGACCCUACGGUGGUCCAGUCGAUCCAUCCGUUGCCUUGGGAGGCUUUUCUAAUUCUAGUGAUCCGAUAACUAAAAAUGCUCCUUAUGAGAAAUCAACAUCAUUGCUAUUGACGUUUGUACUCAACAACCACAACGACAAAAUGUUAUUGAAAGAUGCACUAGAAUGGGAAAACAAGUUUUUGGCGUUCAUGAAGAACUGGACUGAAACAUCUAAACCAUUUUUUAUGGACGUGGCAUAUUAUUCAGAGCGUUCGGUGGAAGACGAACUGGACAGAGAAUCUCAUUCGGAUAUAUCGACAAUAGCAAUAAGUUAUUUAGUCAUGUUCUUGUAUAUAGUAUUUACUCUCGGAAAAAGUAAAAUCGUAUUAAGUUUCUUCGGAAUACUACUCGUCAUAGCAUCAGUUGCUUGUUCAGUUGGUUUUUACGGACUGAUUGGCGUACCUCUGUCUCUAAUUGUACUCGAGGUUAUACCGUUUAUUGUUCUUGCCGUUGGAGUCGAUAAUAUAUUCUUGAUUAUUCGAACAUAUCAAUUCAUGGACAUGAAAGAAGAAGAAUUGGUUCCCGACUUUGUCGGUCGAGUCUUGAGCAAAAUUGGACCAUCUAUUUUUAUCACUACUGUCGCAGAAAUCACGUGUUUUUUCAUCGGCAGUCUGUCAGACAUGCCUGUCGUGAAAGCUUUUGCGUUGUAUGCGGCUAUGGCAUUAGUAUUUAACUUUUUCUUCCAGAUCUCCUGUUUCGUAGGUCUAUUAGCAAUGGACGCUAAACGAGAUACUGACAUGCAAGAAAUGAAGGAACCAAGUUUUAUGUAUACUCUUUUCCAAGAAUCUUAUGUUCCUAUGCUAAUGAACAAAUUCGUUAGACCAUUGGUUAUAUUGGUAUUUACUGCUUGGCUAUGUGCGAGUAUUGCGGUCAUUCCGAAGAUUGACAUAGGCCUAGAUGUUGAACUCACCAUGACCGAUGACUCAUAUGUUCUUAAGUAUUUCAAAUUUAUGAAACGUCACUUUUCAACUGGCCCUCCUGUCUAUUUUGUGGUCACUGAUGGGUUAAACUUAACUGAUAAAUUCGAUCAAAAUCUUCUUUGUGGUGGCGUUAAUUGCGAUUCCUAUUCAGUUACGAACCAAAUUUACAGAGCUUCAAAAACACCCAACUUAACGUACAUAAACAGACCCUCAACGUCGUGGAUCGAUGAUUUCUUUGAUUGGGCCGCUCUACCUAAUUGUUGCAAGUAUUAUCCUUCGAACAAUAGUUUUUGUCCUCACGGUAAUGACACUUGUGUGAGUUGCACAAUUGAUAAAAACAAUUUGGAUCGACCGAAUGUUCAGAGUUUUUCUAAGUUUUUACCGUAUUUUCUCGAAGACAGUCCAGACCAACAGUGUUCAAAAGCCGGACACGCUGCAUACAGUGAUGCUGUUUCAUUCAAAAAUAAUUCAACAGGACCUAGCUAUUUUAUGACAUAUCAUACUGUAUUAAAAACAUCAAAAGAUUAUUAUGAAUCAAUGCGCUCUGCUAGAGCAAUAGCGAAUAAUAUGACUGCAACGAUCCGACGACAACAUCCAAAUAAUACAAGUACUACUGUAUUUCCGUACAGUGUGUUUUAUGUAUUUUAUGAACAAUACUUAACCAUAUGGCAGGUGUGUGUUCAACAUUUAGUAUUGUCGUUGGUAAUGGUAACGUUCGUUGUGUGGACAUUCACUAAUUUGAAUAAGUAUUCAGCUUUAACUCUUCUAAUAGUUAAUACAAUGAUAACAGUAGAUUUGUUAGCAUUUAUGUAUUUUUGGGAAAUAUCUCUAAAUGCGAUAUCUUUAGUUAACAUAGUGAUGUCAAUAGGAAUAAUGGUUGAAUUUUGUGGCCAUAUCAUUUUCCACAAUUCAAAAUCUAUUAUAUCGUGUCCAAUCCAACGAGCUACGAAUUCUUGUGUUGUCGUUGGGAGUUCGGUGUUUUCUGGAAUUACAUUGACGAAAUUCGCAGGCCUAACUGUGCUUGGUUUUGCAAAAACUCCAGUGUUUAAAAUAUUUUAUUACAGAAUGUAUAUGGGUAUUGUUAUUAUUGCUGCUUUACAUGGUUUAGUAUUCCUUCCGGUUCUUUUGAGUUACAAAGGUACUUAUUAUGUUGCAGCUGAUAAGACUGAUAGCACUAAAAAAAAGAGAAGCCGUAAGCUACAAUUAUUAGAAGUGAAUGUACUGUGAUAUAUUGAACAAUAUCAAGUUUUUUCUUAUAUACCUAUCUAUUAAGACUUAAUUUUUACCAAAGUAUUUUGGUUUUAAUUUUUAAAUUUUAAAUUUUCCUUUUACAUCAAUAAUAAUGUAUAUAAUUAAUUUCUUCUAAGAAAAUGAAUUAUCGACAUGACUGUUAUACUAUAGGUGAUUUUUUUUAUGUAAAAAGGUAGAUCGACGUUCAUUGUUAUAAGUCUUGGUACAUCUAAAAUGUAUAUUUGCACUAUAAAUUGUUUUAUUUAAUCUGUAAGUAGCAUUAUUAAUUGUUUCUAGAUUUACAAGAAAUAUUGAGUUCAUUAAACUAGAAAUGUUCUCGAAAAAAAAAUAUAUUUUUGACGUGUUUGAAUUUAUUUAACUACUUUAAAAGUUAGCAAGAGUUAAUAUAACUUCUGUUAUAAAUUAUUCAAAAAUAAUUAAAUUUGUUGUAUGGUAUAAGGUGAUUGGUGAAACUAUAUUAUUCAAUGAUUAUAAAUGUAGAACAUACUAUUUAUAUAUUAGUUUAGUGUAUUUAUAUUAACUACGAGUUGAAAUCUAUCAACUUUUUAUUGUAAAUUGGUACCUAUGUAACUGUUCCUAGUUUUUUUUUUUUUUU